CUGUUAUUACUGUUCUUUUUCUUCUUCCAUGCCCACCCAGGCCGACAGAGACGACCACGAAACACUCAGUAUUAUUACAAUUGUUGGAUGCAGCAUUUCCAUAAUCUGUUGUCUACUCACAGUUAUACUCUUUGCACUUGCUUGGCGAAAGUUGACCUCUUCUGUACUUGGACGAUCAAAAUCUAUCAUCUUUGUGAACAUCUGUCUUGUUUUAGCCGUAACUUACAUUAUAUUUUUGGUUGGUGUUACUCGGACGGAAAAUAAAACUGCAUGCACAGUUAUUGCCGGCCUUUUGCAUUAUUUCUGGCUGCUCUCAUUUUUCCUCAUGUUGGCCUGUGCAAUUGAUAUGACGAUAGCAGUAACGCUCGUCUUCUCCAUUUACAACAGCCUCAAGUACUUGCUUGUCCUCGCUUGGUUUUUGCCUGCGGUUAUUGUUGCAAUCACGAUGGGCGUCAGCAAAGGAGAAGGCUAUGGCACUGACAAAUUCUGUUGGCUUUCACUGGAAAGUGGUAUCCGAUGGGCCUUUAUUGCACCCGUUAUUGCUAUCUUAUUUUCAAAUUGUGUCUUAUUGGUUGUUGUUAUCCGCAAGUUGUUCUCGGCCCAAUGUGUACAAACGAAGACGGACAAAGAACGAAUCAAAACUGGAGCGAUCGCUUUAGCUGGAAUGAUACCAUUGUUUGGAAUUUCCUGGGUAUUUGGCUUACUUUCCAUAAACGAGAACCUCAUCGUAUUUGAUUACCUGUUUGUUAUCUUCAAUUCAUUACAGGUAAGUUCAAG